GGUCCUUUGCUUUUUUGGUACUCUCUGCCUUGUUCACUUGGGGGGGAGGGGGAGAUACGGUCGCGAUGGCUUGUAAGCUGUACCAGGAGAUUUUGGAGGAUGAGCCCGACUGGGAUGAGGCGGCAAGGCGUGUGUGCGACGGCAUGGAGGGCGGCUUCGAAUCAAGGGCGCUCUGCGAAUGCGGUCGUCCUCUGCACCGCUACGCGCGGCUGCCGCGAUACCAGAGCUUCCUCAUGUGCAGCGCCACUAAGGAGUGCCAUCGCUGCGACAAGGAGAUCUUGCCCGGAGACAUGCACUUCGUGUGUGCCAGUUGCUCCGAGAAGCACAUCUGCAAGGACUGCGGGCCGUCGGUCUACAUCCACCGGGAGUAUGACUUUCUAGACUACGAGACCGGGGAAGUGCAGGUGCUCGAGAUCCCGCAGCGUGUGAUGCACGAGCGGAGGACCAGGUCCGUCACCCUGGAGGCGAGCCAACAAGUCGCGAGCCGGGUGAUCGAUCGGAUGCAGCGCAUCGCCGCUGAAGUGGCGCAGGAGGAGGACGUCCUGGACAAGGACUGGAACCCCGAGAACCUCUUGUUCGACCUGCUGGGUGUGGACACCCCGGAAGCUGCGGCGAAGAGCUUCCUGGAGCUGGUGCUCGGGUGCCAGCGGAUCUUCAUGACGCAGCCCAUCUUGACGGAGGCUGAUGUGCCCUGCAAGAUCUUCGGGGACAUCCACGGCCAGCUCAGGGACGUUCUUCUGCUGUUUCACUCCUUCGGCGUGCCGGGCAGCUCGGACUGCCCGCGGGCCGUCUUCAACGGGGACUUCGUGGACCGCGGGAAGCACCAGGUGGAAACCGUGACGGUGCUCUUCGCGCUCAAGGUCAUGUACCCCACGCAGAUUUUCCUGAACCGGGGGAACCACGAGGACACCACCAUGAACCAGAAGUAUGGCUUUAUGAAGGUGGUCUGUGAUUCCUUUGGCGAGAUGGGCCAGCAGGUCUAUGAGGCCAUCUCCCGGUGCUUCCAGUGCCUCCCCUUCGCCUGCCUGAUUGGUGGCAAAGUUCUGGCGCUGCACGGUGGCAUCGGUGACGGCCAGUGGCGCUUGGACGACCUGCGGCGGGUGCACCGCCCUUUGAGCCACGAGCAGCUCCAGGCCCCGGAGAACCGCCUGCUGUGGAACAUCCUCUGGUCGGAUCCCAUAGAGGACGACUGCGUGAGCAAGCAGGUCUUCGGAGUGCACGACUCGGCACGUAGCAAGAUGGCCGUGCGUUUCGGCUGGAAUGUCACACAGGACUUCUGCGUGCGGAACGGCCUAGACCUGGUGGUUAGAAGCCACCAAUCCAAGAGGUGGGGCCUAGGCUUCGACGUGAUGCACAACGAGUGCUUGCUGCGAGUCUUCUCCGCCCGGGACUACGAGAACAAUCGAAACGACGGCGCAGUUCUACAAGUGCAGUGGGACGACGAAGACUGCGAGCACUUGGGGGUUCGCCCGCAGGUGAUCCGGGCUUUGGAGCAGGAUGAGUGACGGAGUUCGUAGAGCCGGAGGCUACAGGGAGGAGCCCUGGGCGACGCUGGGAAGCCGU